AUGUGGAAAGAGAUGAUGCAGUUGUGUUUCCAGGAGUUGGCUGGAGCGCUUACAGCUCCAAGAGAUUCACGGUACACACCAAAGAUCUCCAAGUGCAGAAUCCACAACCUCCAGACAGAAGCUUACAUGUCUAUACUUUGCUCACCAAUACCUGCCUCGUCUCCAUCAUCCUCAGUCCAUGCUCUCAGACCUGCUGAUAUUGCAGCUGUUCACACCUUGGGAAUGCCACUUUCACAAAGGGAUGAAGCAUCCAGAAUUGUCAGCAGACUAACUGAGCUGCUGUCCAUGUUUAAUCCUGAGGUGAUCGCUAAACAUGUGGAUCAGACCUCACUGCAGCCCAGGAGCUUAUUGGAGGAAGCUGAGGAACUCUCUCUCUCCCUUUCACCUGAGGUGACAGACUGGAAGUUAGUGCUGCUGGUUGUCCCGACAGAUUCAAUGUGUGCCUGUUCACCAAAUGUCGCUGCAGACAUGAAAACUGCAGUGCAGGACGUGGAAGCAGCUUUACAGAUACUGCAGGAAAGGUUGCAGCGCACUUUAGUUCAUGUGGUGACCUGGAGCGGAUAUCAUCAGCAAGACAAGUGCCAGUGUAUGAGAAAUAAAAACAUAAACCAAGGUCUAUAUAAAGCAGCUCUUCUGAAAUCACUGCAGGACUCUCUAAGUCACGUCUUGCACAAUCCAAAGUGGCACAGCGACAGUGCAGACUUCACCGUUGUCCUGCAGUCUGAGCCAGUUAUCCUUGAACCCAACUCCGACUCCGAAAGCCUGUGGUCCGACCUUGACCAAUUAGCUAAUCAGCUAUGGACAAACCUGCUUCAGCCAUCGGCAGGCCCAGCCAAGGUCACGGACGGCAGCGCCUUUUCUAUUCCUUGUCCUACUCAAGAGCGACCUUUCCUGCGAACACAAAUAAAUUCCCCUGCUGAAAAAGAGGAGUUUUAUAGAGCGGCCUCUGCGCCAGAUGAUCUCACUAUGGGUACUGAGAUACAUUGCACAGACCGCAGUCCAUCUCCUACUACACCCACUUCAGUUCAUCAGCUCAGACCUGCAGAUAUCAAGGUGGUGGCAGCAGUCGGGGAUUCUCUCACAGCAGCCAAUGGUGUGGGUGCAAAGGUGGACAACCUUCUGUUAGUGAUGAAUCAGUACAGAGGGCUGUCAUGGAGCAUCGGCGGUGAUGAAAACAUAACCACUGUGACCACGUUGCCAAACAUCCUGAAGGAGUUUAACCCCUCAGUCACUGGAUUUUCGACGGGAGUCUGUUCACAAAGUGAUGCUGCAUCCUUCUUCAAUCAAGCUGUGCCAGGAGCAAAGAGUGGUGAUGUGGUACAACAGGUGCGCGUAUUGGUGGACAUGAUGAAAAAGGAUUCGCGCAUUGAUUUCCACAACGACUGGAAAGUGAUCACCUUGUUUAUUGGUGGCAAUGACUUAUGUGACUUCUGCACAGACAGCGUGUUUUUGUCUGCCAGGAAUGUGGCCGUUCGUAUUCAACAAGCUCUUGACAUACUCCACGAGGAGGUGCCUCGUGCCAUUGUCAACCUGGUCGAGCUGUUAAACAUUGUACCGCUGCGUGACGUGCACAACGAUAAAACUCUGGGCUGCCCCACCUGGUUUGUGAGUUUGAUUUGCCCUUGCGUAUUGAAGCCUAAGGCGGGAUCGGUUGAAUUCCAGCAGCUCGAGGACUUCAGCAGAGCCUAUCAGCUUGCUAUGAGACAGCUGGUUGACUCUGGGAGAUAUGACACACAUGACAACUUCACUGUAGUGUUGCAGCCCUUCUUAAGAGAAGUUGUCCUCCCUGUGUCAGAGGACGGACGGCCUGAUCGCUCUUAUUUUACACCUGACUGUUUUCAUCUCAGCCAGAAAGCUCACUCUCUCAUGGCUCUUGCUCUUUGGAACAACAUGCUGGAGCCAGUCGGCAACAAGACUUUUGAACAAGACUUCACAGCUGGCAUCGAUCUGAAAUGUCCUUCUGAGACCAACCAGUUCUUCAGGACUGCCCUCAAUAGUGGCUACACUUAUCCAGGUCCUCCACCCACUCCUGCUGCAGUUACAAACUGGGGCAGAGACUUCUCCUGUGUGAACACAGCUCCAUCCGACUCCGUGCCCACUUCAGCUCACAGGGUUCGGCCAGCAGACAUCAAGGUGGUGGGUGCUGUAGGAGACUCUUUAACGGCCGCGUUUGGUGCCAAGGCCAAAAGUCUGAUGGAGCUAAGAACUGAGUACAGAGGAGUGUCAUGGAGCAUCGGUGGGGAUGAAACCCUCGAGACCGUCACAACAUUACCCAAUAUCCUUAAGAAGUUCAAUCCUGCGAUCAAAGGAAUGUCAAAGGGAGAAGGGAAAGCCCAGACCGGCUUCAACAUGGCUGUAUCGGGUGCUAAAAUAGCAGGAAUCCCAGGGCAGAUUCGACGCAUGAUCGAUGCCAUGAAAGCUGACUCUACGGUGGAUUUUCAGAACGACUGGAAGCUUGUGACCCUCUUCAUUGGAGGCAAUGACCUGUGUCAGUACUGCAACGACCGGGCCGCUUACUCACCUAAGAACUACUCCCAGCACAUGAUGACAAGCCUGGAUAUGUUGUACAAAGAGGUUCCCAGAGCAAUUGUCAAUGUGUUGGAAAUCCUGGAAAUUGAAGGCCUUCGCAGAAUUAAAAGGGACAGUCUCGGGUGCAACGUGGUACAACCGUUUGUCUGUACAUGCUUCCUUACACCAUCAGAGGAUUCACCAGAACUGGCUGAAGUCAAACAGAUUAAUCGGGAGCUACAGGUCAGGACUGAAAGACUGGUGUACAGCGGCCGCUAUGAUGGCAGAGAGGACUUUGCUGUGGUUUCCCAGCCUUUUUUCAGAAGUACCAUCGUUCCUGUGACCCUUGAUGGCAAACCUGACGACAGCUACUUCUCUCAGGACUGUUUCCACUUCAGUGAACGGGGACAUGCUGACAUGGCUGCAAAUCUGUGGAAUAACAUGCUGGAACCAGUGGGUGAAAAACAGGCAUACAACACUUUCACAAAUGACAGGAACGACAUCAAGUGCCCAACUGAGGAGCAUCCUUACAUCUUCACAAGGGUGAACAGCUUGACCGCAACACCCAAACCCACCUCCACCACGAAGCCCUCGAUGACCACAACACCCAAACCCACCACCACGAGGCCCUCGCUGACCACAGCACCUCUCCCCCCAGAUUGCUCGGACACUGUGGCAGCAUGGCUCGCUGCUGUGCUGGCUGUUGUUGGUUUUGUGAUUGGCUGCGGCGUCACCUGGCUCCUCCUCUCCUGCAGAGCCAAAAGACAGAGUAGGAAUAUGAAGAUGGCUACGGUGGAGAUGAAGGGCACAGGGUUUUAAAGUGCUACUUAUCAUAUUUUUGUAUGGGACUAUUCAAGGGAAAAAGGAGGAACUACAAAACAGCCUUCAAAACAUUUAAAAUGACUGGUUAAGAAUGUUGCUGGUGAGAAUAAUAAGGCAGUUUUUCAUAAUGCAACAUGAUGAAUGCAUAUAUUAGCUCAGUCUACUAUGACUACAAGAGUUUUUUGUUUUUUGGUUGAUCCUUGAACCUCAAAAAGCUGGAUGCAAAGCUGGAAAACAUACACCAGCCUGUACUUUAAAAAAAAACAAAACAAUAAUUAAGACAAUUGAAUAUGAUUCUGCUAUAAGUUCUACAUUAAAACCACACACAGAUGCAAAUAUUUAUAGUGAGGUGUGUUGCAUUAACUGGUAAGACAUAUUUAAGUGUUGUAGCUGGUCUAACAACUGAUUUAAUAAACCAAUGAAUUCACUAACUACUACAGGUGAAUGGUUUUCAAGUGCAAACAUAUAGAUUACACUCAUUCACUGUGCAUUAAGUUAUUACUGCUUUGUAUAUUGAAUUUGAAAUAAAAUGAAAAUGUGUUUAAAUGCAUUGACAUGCUCUUGACCAACAUUAUGAGAUAAAUGUGAAGUAAAUGCAGUAUACCUGCCUCAUAACUGAAUUAAGUUAGUAUUUCUGGGUCUAAAAAUUGUACAUUUGUGGUAUUGGGAAAGACAAUGUAAUUUUUCUUUUGUUUAUGUCUGUUUAAAUAAAACACUGUUGC